CACUCCCCAUCACUGAGCUCUCCAUCUCUCCCUUCAUUCGUUCUCUUUUAUCUCUGUCAGUUUCCUUUGGAAGCAAACCAUCAUGGAGAAAAAGAGAAGCAACCAGAGCUCUCUAAUUCUGUGGGCCACAUUUGCUGCACUGCUCUUGCAGAAUUUGGUCAUUCCUGUCAUGUCUUCUGCUUCUUUUGAAGAACAGAAGAACUACUACACUCCUGAUCCACAUAUCGGAAGUCCACCAACAGGUUCAAGCACACCACCCUCUCAUGCAACACCAUCUCAUGGAAGCAAACCACCAGCAAACUGUGGUAACCCUCCAAAAGGAGGGCACCAUCAUAACCCUACCCCAGCUUCUCCUUCAGGAGGUCAUAGUGGUGGCUACUAUCCCCACCCUCCAAGUACACCUACAACUACACCUAGUACCCCCUCCACACCCACUAUUGUAACCCCACCAACUACUCCUAUCAUUGACCCUGGGACUCCAAGCACUCCUGCUACCCCAACACCAUCACCUCCUUUUACAUGCGAUUACUGGAGGACUCACCCGGGACUGAUAUGGGGCUUGUUUGGUUGGUGGGGAACUGUUGGUGGUGCAUUCGGCGUGGCUAGUGCUCCAGGGCUCGGCUCAAACAUGAACUUGCUGCAAGCACUUUCAAACCAACAUACCAAUGGACUUGGACAACUCUACAGGGAAGGCACAGCUUCUUUGCUGAACUCCAUGGUGAGCAAGAGGUUCACUUACAGCACCACACAAGUCAAGAACAAUUUUGCUACAGCACUCAGUUCCGACAAGGCUGCAGCAGCUCAGGCUCAGUUGUUCAAGUUAGCCAACGAGGGUCGGCUCAAGCCCAGAGCUUGAAAAGUCAUUUUCACAAUUACCAUCAAUAUCUUGUUAUUUCUAUUUCCUUACGAUAUUCUGUGUGUUUACUUUAGGAUUAAGCAUUAAUGUUUUUCUAUUCGUUGUUAUCAAAGUUAAUGUUUUUUCUAUUUGCUUUUGAAUCUUACAAAAUCAAGAGGAUACCAACCUUCAUUGUUUAAUCAGUUAUCAGUAAAGCAUUUCUUGUUGUAUUAAAAGUGUGAAUGCCAGUUCCCAAUUUCAGAUUA